AGGUUGAGGACUUUGGAAAGCUGCCUUCUGGAGAGGAGGUACACAAAAUAACAUUUGGCAACGGAAAUGUCCUUGUGUCUAUUCUGGAUUACGGUGCUACAAUCCAAUCGGUUAUGAUGAAGGGGAAAGAUGGCAAGUUUGAGGAAGUGACGUUGAAUUACGACAAUCUGGAGGACAUGUUGGCAAACCCUGGAUUGUUCUACGGCUCGACUGUUGGCAGAUAUGCAAACAGAAUUGCCAAAGGACAGUUUACAUUGGAUGGGGUCAACUACCAAAUGUGCGUUAACAAUGGCCCGAACAGUCUUCACGGAGGAGAGAUCAGCUGGGGACACAAAAUGUGGUCAUUUAAGGAGUACAAGAAAGAGGGUGAAGAUCCUUGCGAAGGAGUUGUCAUGUCGAUUGUCUCUCCUGAUGGUGAUGAGAACUAUCCCGGAGAAGUCACUAUGAACGUCACCUUCUCUCUGAACACUCGAAACGAGUUGAAGCUGGAAUACGAGGGACGAACGACACGUCGCACCGUGAUCAACAUGACAAACCACACUUACUGGAACAUGUCUGGCGAUUUCAAGACCAAGAUCUACCCUCUUCUUCUCCAGGUGAACGCUGACACUUAUCUGCCUGUGGUCGAUAUGAUUCCGACUGGUGAGCGAGCCUCUGUCGAAGGUACUCCGUUUGACUUCCGCGCGCCCACGCAGUGCGAGCAGGCGCUGGCGAUCGAUGGAGGCGGCAAGCCUGGACUGGAUCACUGCUUCUGCUUGAAUGGCGAGGGCUUGAAGCUCGCUGGAAGAUUGACGGAUCCUGUGUCGGGACGCUCGCUGGAGGUGGAAACGACGGAGCCUGGAAUGCAGGUGUAUAUGGGGAACUGGAUCGAUGGAUCGCAUCCUCAUCUGCAGCACAACGCCGUGGCGUUGGAGUGUCAACACUUCCCAGACUCGCCGAAUCAUCCUGACUUCCCUUCAACGGUACUGAAUCCGGAGGAUGUGUACACGCAGACGACCAUUUUCAGACUGUUGUUGUAUUGUGUUUGUUAG